AUGGAUUAUUUAUUGGCGUUCGCAGCCUAUGAUUUUAUUAAUUUCCGUGAAUUAGAAAUUCGUUCUCUUCUUACAAUACAUGGAUUGAGCCAAGAUUGCAUUCCUUCAAAUACCAAUUGGACUGAUCCUUAUGUAAAAGUUUCCCUUCCUAAUAAUGAAGUUGCUGCUUCCUUUAUUGAACGCAGUAUGCUUGUGAAGUCCAUCUAUUUAAUAUGGGCCUGUGCACCUUCAUUUGAGCAACUACUUGAAAUGGUUCCCCAAAUUCCCCUCUCUUCGAUCGAGAAAUACUUAUAUGGAAAUGACUCAUAUAAAAUGGUCGUUAGUUCUGUAAAUAAGAAAAUCCCUGUUGAUCAUCGUCUCCCUUUUAUUCAGAGACUUGUUGAAUCUCAUGCAGAUACCACUGCACCCGUAGAUCUCGACAAUCCCAAACACAAACUCCACAUCUUAUUCGAGUACGCGAAACCCACCACUAAUAAGGGAGACCAGGCUCUUGUACGGGUUUACUACGGUCUGGCCAUAGCUGAAAGUUGUCGAAAGCAAAUACUUAAUCAGUUCGACCUCUCUAAGCGCUUUUAUCUGGGAAAUACGACAAUGGAUGUUUGCUUAGCGGGUAUAAUUGCAAAUGCUGCACUGUGCAAGCGUGGUGACAUUGUCUGGGAUCCUUUUAUUGGAACUGGUGGAAUGGUCUUGGCUGCUUCGAUCUGGGGUGCUUAUGGUGCUGGUAACGAUAUUGAUUAUUCCCUGGUGCAUGGAAUUGGCGCUUCGCCCAAAGCUGGACAGGGCAAACGCACUAAAGGUGAAUGUCUGCGAGCAAACUACCGACAGUAUGGAAUGGAGUCGCGGUAUCUUGACGUCUUAAUUGCAGACGCCGCUUCUCUGAGUCGACUUCUACGCACUAUGCCUUCGAAUGAGGGUCUGUUUGAUGCCAUGAUUACAGAUCCACCCUACGGGGUUCGUGAGCGCAGUUGUCGAGUUGCCUCGGAGGCGGCUGAAAAGGAGCCAUCACUACAACCACCCGAGUUCAUCCAUCAGAUUACUGGCGAGAAACAAUUCGCUCUGGUUCCUGACCAAAAUGGCCUCGUUCCUGUUCCACACGAUCUUCCUCAUUAUCCUCAUAAAGAAGAUUAUCCUUUGCAGGAGACAUUUGGUGACCUCUUGUUGCAGGCCAACAUUUUCCUCAAACCAGGUGGACGUCUAGUGUUCUGGGUUCCUGUCAGUAAGAGCAACUAUAAGGGACCGAGUUCUUUACCCGCUCAUCCUCGCUUCAAACUCAUCACAGUUUGCGAACAAGCGCUAAAUCUGCGAAUUUCUCGCUUUUUGAUGGUAAUGGAGAAGCUUGGUCCAAAUGAACCUGAUUUCAGUCUAGCAACGGAAGUUCUUAAUGAAGCAAUUGACGACGAGGGUAGAAUGAGUAAUAGUGAAGUUCGAGGAAUUCCCUUUCACCUUAAAAACUUCCGGGAGACCUACUUUCUCCCCAAAGAUCAACGAUAA